AUGGAUCUUCACAUGCCUCCAAACAAUGUGACUGAAUUCAUUCUCUUGGGACUCACACAGGAUCCACACUUGCAGAAAAUGCUAUUCAUUGUCUUUUUGCUUAUUUUCCUGGUUACCUUGCUGACAAAUCUCUUCAUUGUCAUUACCAUCUCCCUCAGCCCCACACUUUCAGCUCCCAUGUACUUCUUUCUCACUCACUUGUCCUUCAUAGAUGCCUCUUUCACCUCUGUCACUACUCCCAAAAUUACCAUUGACCUGCUGUACCAGAGGACAACCAUCUCCUGGGGUGGCUGCCUGAGCCAGAUCUUUUUGGAACACUUCCUGGCAGGAUCAGAGAUCAUUGUCCUCAUUGCUAUGGCUUAUGAUCGCUAUGUGGCCAUUUGCAAACCUCUGCACUAUACAACCAUUAUGAGACCUGGGCUCUGCCAUUUCCUGGUGGUAGUGGCCUGGAUUGGAGGGGUAAUACACGCUACUGUGCAGAUUCUCUUUGUGCUUGACCUGCCCUUCUGUGGUGCCAAUGUCAUUGACCACUUCAUGUGUGAUUUCUUCUCACUGUUGGAAAUUGCCUGCACUGACACCUACUGGCAUGGAAUAGUGAUAUCAGCUAACACUGGGGGCAUGUGCUUGCUCAUCUUUUUCAUGCUUCUAAUCUCCUAUGUAGUCAUUCUGACCUCCCUGAAAUCCCAUGGUUCUGAAGGUAGACACAAGGCCCUCUCUACAUGUGGCUCCCACUUUACAGUAGUGGUGCUCUUUUUUUUCCCUUGUAUAUUUACACACGUACGUCCUGUGGCCACCUAUCCUGUGGACAAGUUGGUGAUUUUGUUCUGUGGAACUUUCACUCCCAUGUUAAAUCCUAUCAUUUAUACAGUGAGAAACACAGAGGUGAAAAAUGCCAUGAAGACUUUGUUGAAGAGGAGAGUAAGUGAGACUGUUCUUGAUUCUUAG